AUGUACCGUGUCCCUGUGCUGAUCGUGGACAGCGGUACGCCGGCUCUGAGCAGCACCAACACCCUGUCCGUGCGCGUGUGCGAGUGCGACUCCGACGGCGUGGCCCUGUCCUGCGGCGCCAUCGCUUACACCGCCACCGGCCUCAGCACUGGGGCGCUCAUGGCGAUCCUGGGAUGUAUCAUCACGCUCCUGGUGAUGGUCCUCCUGAUCGUGAUGAUGCGUCGAAGGCAAAAGGAGCCCCUGAUCCUGGACGAGGAGCGAGACAUCCGCGAGAACAUCGUCCGCUACGACGACGAAGGCGGCGGCGAGGAGGACACCGAGGCCUUCGACAUGGUCACCCUCCGCAACCUCAACGCCAUGAGGGACCCCAGCGUCCGCCGCGACGUCACCCCGGACACGCCCACCUUCUUCCACUACCCACCGCCCCCUCGUCCCGCCUACAAAACCCUCCCGGACAACGUGGUCUUCCGGGAGUUCAUCUGGGACCGGCUCAAAGACGCCGACGUGGACGCCUCCGCUCCGCCGUACGAUUCGCUGCAGACGUACGCGUUUGAAGGCAACGGUUCGGUGGCGGAAUCGCUGAGUUCGUUGGAAUCUUUGAGCACGGACUCGGACCAGAACUAUGACUAUCUCAGCAACUGGGGACCGCGCUUCAAAAAGCUAGCCGACCUUUACGGCAACAGCGAGGGAGUGGGGAUUUUCUCGUAG